AUGAACGGUGAUUCUCUCCUCUCAUUGAAUUUCGUGUUAACUAACUCAACUACAGGACCACCGCCCCCAAUUAACUAUGCCACCCAUCCGAGACGUGGCAAACAAAAGCCUGCUGCAAGUUUGACCCCAUUGCAUGGCGCUGUGCUUUCUCAACAAGACGGACGGGCUGACAUUUCCCCAUCCAAACAGGAUGGUCGAGGUGAUGCUCAGCGUGGCCAACAAAAUCCUGCUGCAGAUUUGACCCCAUCGUGUCCCGUUUUCACCAACAGCGCCGUGCUCUCUCAACAGGACGGAUGGGCGGAUGUCUCCCCAUCCAAACAGGAUGGUCGAGGUGAUGCUCAGCAGGACCGUUUGGCCGACACCCCCAACAUUAUCGACAUUCGGCACACUGGUUCCCCUCCUUAUCGGCAAGAUCGCUUCCCUGGUUCUCCCAAUGGGCCAUCUACGCCUCGAACCCCUCACCCCUCGCCUCGCAGGCAGCAGCACAAUGGUUCAUCUCCGUAUCAGCAAGAUCGAUUGGACGAUUUUGGCACCACCACCCUGACACGUUCUUUUAAUUCUCCCUUUGAACCGUACAACUUCCCUGGUACUCCCGAUGGGCCGCCUACUCCUCGAACUCCUCACUCUUCGCCUCGCAAGACCAGAUUUUACUCUGUUGUUGUCGGAAGACGAUGUGGAGUGUUUGAAAGUUGGGCAUACGUUCAUGCCUUGACCUCUGGUAUUCCCGGAAAUUGUCAGCGUGGCUUCAAGACUGCAGAGGCAGCCCUCCAGGAUUAUCAUGAGGCGAAGAGGUUGGGUUUGGUCAAACAUUGUUAUUCCGUUAACGCUCUAGUUGAAUUACAUGCAUGGACACUGCGAGCGCAGGCUGUUCGCAAAAAUGUAUUCAAUUAUUCUACAAGUUGUGGUACCGACUGCCAAUCUUCAACUUGGUCACUCUAUAAUGAGGAGCGCAGGCUGUUCGCAAAAAUAUCAGUGCAUGUCAUUGUCGUUAAGCAUGUAGAUAUUUUUGCUAUCUUACUCAAAGUUCAAGCGGUAGAUCACCAACUUUCCAUUACCAAUGGUAUCAGCCUCAGCGAUCCUGAUAGUUACAUGUUCAGCUUGGAGAAUUUGAAGACUACUACUUUACACUCCCACUGCUUGUCCGACGGACUUUCAUCGGACCCUGCCAUUUCCGAUGGACUCAGCGGACAGUCCAUUGGAAGUCCGUCGGAGUCCAUUGGAAAUGGUUGGAUUCCGCUGCUAGUCCAGGCAAAGUCCAGUGAAAGUCUGCUCAAGCCACUUAGAAGCAAGAAAUGGUUGGACUGGCCGGAUUUUGUGUCCAUUGGACGUCCGCUGGACUUCCGCUGGAUUUCCGAUGGACAGAGGCAGAAACCAGUAAUACUUGCUAAGUCAUCAGUUUGCUGGACUUCUGCUGGACUUCCGAGGGACUUCCGAUGGACUUCUAAGCAAAAAAGUGGGGUUUGA